AUGAAUUCACAAGAGAGGGUGGAUUUUCAACUUGAACAUCUCAAUCAGUCUAAAUUCAAGGAUCACUACACACCAAUACCUUGUAAUGAUCACAGCCAAGGUAAAAACGUUGAUAUGUUGUACAAAUGCGUCGUUUGUAAUGAAAUUAGAAAUGGUACAACACCCAAGAACUUGGUACAUAAUUGCCAAGUAGCUUCUGAUCAACCAUCGACAAAGAAAGAAUUUUAUAAUUCAUUGUCGAAGUUUAUCAUUCAAAACAACCUCGCAUUUCAUGUCGUUGAUGGAGACAGCCUGUGGAUAUUAUUGGAUGUGGUUAACAGGUAUAUAGGUGGCACAAAUGGUUUGAGAAUCACUUCUGUCACUAUGAAAACAAAGAUAAAUGAGAUAUAUUCCGAUACCAAAACACAUAUUAGUGAAUUGGUAAAGAAUUUGCACAAUAUUACAAUCACAUUGGAUGGAUGGGAAGCAAACAACAAUGAUAGAUUCUUGGGGAUCACAGUCCAUGGUCUUUUAUUUGACAUGACGCAAAAGGCUCAUAGAUUUUAUGCUACCCUUGGUUGUAAUCAUUUCACUAGCAACCACACUGCUGUCAACACUGUCGAAAAGAUCAAACAAGUUGUGAAAGAAUUCAAUCUUGAUCUUACUAAGGUAGACAUGGUUGUAACAGACAACGCAUCUGUUAUGAACAAAACAAGGGAGUUGCUAAUCGCUGACUUCCCCCAAGCCAAACAUCAAGGUUGUCUUGCCCACUCCCAUCAACUUAUUGUUGGUGAGUUUCUAAAGCUCAAGCAAGUUGAAGAUAUCAAAUCAAUCUAUUCUGGAAUUUCCAAACACUUCAAGCACUCUGGGCUGGCAUACGAAUCUCUUUGGGGUAUGACCAAGGAAGAUGAACCAUUGGUCAGAUUUCCUAAACCUACCGUGGUUAGGUGGGGAUCAUGGUAUGAUAACCUUGAAAAAUUGAAAAAGUCUAUUCCUUCUUUGAAUAGAUAUAUUCAAAAGAAACAAUUAGAACCAACAAAAUCUCAAGGACUAGUCAUUAUCACACCUGCAAUAGAGACUCAAAUUGAUCUCAUAUUGGGCCAAUUAAAGACUGCAAGAGAAAUAACAACCCAAAUUCAGGGUCGAUCAAUUUCAGUCUCGGAUGCUUUACCGUUCUUGAAGAGGCUAGAAGAUAAUGGUCGUGAUUUUAAAGAUAGACCUGAUCCUCUUGACUGGUGGAACGAUCAAAAGAACGCAAACUGGGUGGAACCACUCAAAGAAUAUGCACUAUAUGUCCUUGCCCUUUGUUGCACUUCAGUCGAGUCUGAGAGGCUGUUUUCGUUUGGUGGUAAAAUAGUGAACAAAUCAAGAUCCUCCCUUUCGCCUUCAGCAACACAUCAACUCUCUUUAUGUAAAUCAAAUCAACACUUAUGUAUCUAUGAUCAAUUUAUACACAAUAAACCUCCUUAA